AUGGCUAGAGUUAAGCACAUUCCUCCUCCUCGUAAUCGCGCUGUAAGUGAGGAUCAGAAACAUAAGAAAAGACGCAAUAAGCCUGGAACAGUAGCGCUUCGCGAGAUUCGUCGUUUUCAAAAGACUUUCAAUUUGGUUAUACCAGCUGCUCCAUUUAUAAGAUGCGUCAAACAGAUUACGAACCAAACAUCUUCACAUGUCUCACGUUGGUCGCCGGAAGCAGUAAUAGCACUUCAGGAGGCGGCUGAGGAUUAUCUGGUUCAUAUGUUUGAAAAUGGAAUGCUAUGUGCCCUUCAUGCAAGGCGUAUUACCCUUAUGAAAAAGGAUAUUGAGUUGACCCGUAGGCUUACAGGAAUAGGAAGGCCUUGGUGA